ACUGCCCCCAUCCUCCCCCUACACACACACACCAGGGCUGGAUCACCAGGACCUGCUUGAGAGCGCUGCCUUCUCCAUCAUACCAGACAGCUGUGCUUGAGUGUGUGCUUGUGUGUCCCUACCUCAGCCUGCCUCUCUCUCUUUCUCUCUCUUGAUUUUUCUCCUGUCCCUCUCUCUCUUUACCCUGUCCUUCUCUCUUUCCUUUCGCUCUGCCUUAGACACUGUCAUCCACUCCCACUUCUCUCUCCCCCCCUCUCUCUCCUACCCGCCCUCCCCUCCUCCCUCUCUCUUUCUCGGCUGUCCUUGACGGUGCUCUGUGGCAGAGCAGAGCUCUGUAGUGCUGGGUUGUGCAGGAGGAAGCAGGCAGCCAGCCUUUGCCCAGUGGAUACAUUCUGUUCUGUCUCUUCCAACGCUGCUGCCGUUACCCGGGAUACGCAUUCGGCCUGCCGUGCUGCCAGUGGAGACGAGGGCCUUAUGCCAGUCUGCCAUGUCGACUGAGUGCCAACCUAAGGGGAACACGUUUUAAAGUGCCCAUUGCGCCAUGUCUGCCACACAGCUGGAGGAGACAGAAAAUGUUUUUGACCUGAACGAGGCCAUCCCAGAGACAGAGCUGCUGGACAACAGCAUACAGAAGGGGCGUGCCCAGCUGUCCGUCAAAGCCAGGAGGCACCGCCCCUCUCGCUCUCGCUUCCGAGACAGUGUCAGCUCCACAGAGGGAGAUGACAGUCUGGAGAGGAAGUGUCUGGACAGCCCCCUGCACUCCGUCCGUUCCCCCCUCCACUCCACCCUGCGAGGAGGCUCCUCCCCUUCUCCUGAUUCGCUCCUCUCCUCGUCCUCCCCUUGUCCCACCUUACGGAGCCCCGUGUUCUCCUUCGACACCUCCUCCUUACGGCGCUCCCCGGAGGAUGGCGGGACCGGGUCGCCAGCCCCUCGGGGCCGGUACCGCCAGCUGACAAAUGCCACGUCUCAGGAGGCCCUGGUGACCACGCCCAACAGCUCUCCCUCCAAGUCGUGUCCCAGUUCGGACUGCUCGCCUGUUUACAUUCGACGGGCACGACGCCCAGACAGUGAGGUGUUAGUUUCAGAAGACAGUCGAGACACCAGCCCGGCUGACCCCGGCAACAACAGCCUUAUCUUCGACAAGAAGACCAAGAGGAGAUUCUUGGACCUGGGGGUCACAUUGAGACGCUCCUAUGUGAGGGUCAGAAAAGACAAGUCAAACAGACUGUCAAUGGGAAGCCGGGAGCCAUCUGAGAGCCCGUCCAGGUCCUCUGGCUCUUUCGUGCCUUUCUCCUGGUUCACUGACAGCACCAGGGGCUCCGUGUCGUCCGGGGCAACUCCACCCUGCUCCCCCAAACUGGUCUCACAGGACUGCAGCCCCCGCAAGUCCAACUCCCAGGAGUCUGCCCUGAGUGAUGAGUUCUCACCGCCCCCCUGUAGUCCCCCUCACGCCUCGAGUGGGACCACAGCCGACUCGUCCUCCCGCUCCUCACAACGCUACCAGACCCUCUCCCAGUCCUCAGACGAGCCUAUAGAUGAGCCGCUGUGCCUAGUGUCGUCGUGGAGCACCCAGCAGGUGUGCCAGUGGCUGAAGGGGUUGAACAUGGAGCAGUACAUCCCAGAGUUCACUGCCAGGGACAUCGACGGGGAGCAGCUCCUCCUGAUGGAUGGCACCAAGCUCAAGGGUUUGGGAGUGAACAGUUCCACGGACCGCAGUGCACUGAAAAGGCGGAUCAAAGACAUUCACGCAGCAGCGGAAAAGGAGCGCAAGGCCCUGGACAAACUGGAACGCCAGAAAGAGAAGCAGCGCAAAAAGGAACAGGAGCUACGCAAGCUAAACACAAGCUAGAGAUAACCACCAGAUGGCGCUAAAUCACCACAGAAAUACUCCUGACUAGAAACUGGUGUUGGUGCACAUCUCCAACUUCCACAUUAUCAUGAUAGCAUUGAUGCUAAGUGGAGUUUUGUGCAAAAAGUUGGAAUUUGCUCAUAGACUUUCGUACUGUACCUCUGGUUUGGAUGUGAGUCUUUGAACCCUGCGAUGGGCGGGACAGUGUGUUGUCUAUCACUGACACAUGAAUAAUAACAGAAUGAAAGCUCCAUGCUCUUCUUGUCAAAUGGAUUUAUUUUAGACCAAGAUCGGAAGCCCAAAGUGGGCAUGUGAGAGGUGGGUCGCGAGUUAUGAGAAUACAUCUACAGUCACACACUAUUUAUUCUUAAUUUGGGUAGUUGGAGGACAAUUGGGUCACGGCAGGACUGUCAAUUUCUAAUUUGGGUCCCGAGGUGAAAAAGCUUAAGAACUGUUUUGGACCAAUCAAUCAGUGGUUGACGCAACAUGAUAGUCCCGCCCAUAUUGGGGUUCAGUUGUCUCAUUCUUCCUGGCUAUGAAACAUGUGUUGUUCUUUGUCAGUCAUCAAGGUUAUCCUCCCUUGUGGAAAAAAAGCGGACUAAUCAUUUGUCACUGGAAUUGAAUAUGUGUUAUAAACUCAGCAAAAAAAUAAACGUCCUCUCACUGUCAA